CCGGCGGCCUGUCGCGCAGGAGGCGCCGCCGCCGUCCUGCUGCAGUACCUGCGGGAGCAGAACCGGCCGUACAGCGCCCAGGACGCCUUCGGGAACCUGCAGCGGGAGCACGGGCUCGGCAAGGCGGCCGUGGUGAAGGCGCUGGAGCAGCUGGCGCAGCAGGGCCGCAUCCGCGAGAAGGCCUACGGGAAGCAGAAGAUCUACUUCGCCGAUCAGGAGCAGCUCCCGGCCGCCAGCGAUGCCGAUCUCCGCGGCCUGGACGGGGACAUCGCCGCGCUCUCCUCCAAGGUGCAGGCUCUGCAGCAGAGCUGCCGGCAAAUGGAGGCGGAGCUGAAGGACCUGACCAGCUCCAUGACAACCCCCGAGGUGGCCAGAGAGAUUGAGGAGCUGAGGAAGGACUGCGCCGGGUACACGGAGAAGCUGGAGAGGAUGAAAUCUGCCACCAACCACGUGACGCCGGAGGAAAAGGAGAAGGUCUGUCGGGAGCAGAAGCUGUACUGCAAGGAGUGGAGGAGGAGGAAGAGGAUGGCAACCGAGCUGCUGGAGGCCAUCCUGGAGGGGUACCCCAAAAGCAAGAAGCAAUUCUUUGAGGAGGUGGGGAUCGAGACGGACGAGGACCACAAUGUCACGCUGCCGGCGGCUGUCUGAGCCACUGGGGGGAGGUCUUUGCCCCCAGGGCAGGAGGAGCCGAUGCUGAAACUCAGCUGUUGGAUUGGGGGGGUUUUUCCCCUCUUUUUUUUUGCAGGGCUUGGGUUUGUCCCACGUUUAUAUGCGUUUGUUUUAAAAUGCUUCACAGCUGGAGGGGUGGUUGGAGGGAAUGUCUCAGCGCUGAGCCCUCCCGCUGCCUCGCCUGCAGAGGGGAGGGUAUUUAUUGCUGCCGAGGUCGGGGCGUCCUGUGGGGCUGGGGGAGGUUUGGGGGUGCUGGGGAAGAGCCCCUCGUGUUCCUGUCAAAGCAGCAGGGGCCUUGGGGACGCAAAUGGGCCAGUGCCUGUUCCUGCUGCAGAGCUCUAACCCCAUUUCAGCCGCUCCUCGAAGCAGCACUGAGGGGUAUGUGAGAAAACGACCCAUUAAACACGGGUUUUUGGUUCA